UAACUUUGAUAUGGACCGUAACUAAGAUCCUAGUGGGCCUUCAAGAAAGAAAAUACAAUUGGCGGAUAGAGUCCUAGUAAGUUCACUUACAAGGACCCAUGAUUUCUUUUUUAAGAACAACGGACCCAUGAUUUCUAUUUUUCCUUUUCUGAGGGAACCGUUAGUUUUGUUGCCUUUCGCAUAGUAAGAGCAUGAUUAAUCCAAAUUAUUAAUUUGAAGUUCUUAACUAAUGAUUUGACAUUUUUUUGUUUUUGUUUUUUCUUUUUACAGUUUUCGGCUAAGAACCAUUAUAUUUAUUAUCUAAGAGAUGGUUAUUAGCUUUUUUUAGUUAAAAGCUAAGAAACGAUUCUUAACCGAAACUAAGAAUCCCACCCUAAAAACUCGGAUUAAUCAUGGUCUAACACAAAUUAUUACGAAAAUUAUUGACAUAGACUAGCACGAAUAAUCAAUAUAAAAAUUAAUGAGUUUUUACCCAGCUAAAGUUAGGUUUCUAGUAGACUUCAGAGGAUUAUAUGAAUCUUUGUCAUGACAAUUUUUUUUUAAAUCAUCACGUAUCUUGUUCACACUAUGAUACAGUUUUGCUAUUUUAAAAGUGAUAUGAAAGCUCUCCCCAUAAGCUAGUGAAUUAGCUAUAUCGUAUAUGGAUGAUUGCCCCGCAAAUAAAAAAAAUUGUACAUUAUUUGCCUAUUUUAAAUAAACUAUGUAUAAAUCCAUUAAUCAUUAUUUUCAACUGUUUGAUUAUAUUGAUUAUCAGAGUAGAGAUUGCAUCACGUUUAAUAACUGCUCUACAAAUUUAUAAAUUGUAAAAAAAGAUUAUUCAAAAUGAGAUGUGGCUUUCAUAAAGUCUUGUCUGCAGUAGCUAGCUAGAAGGAAAGCAAAAACAAUGUUCUCUUAGAGACUUUAACUAGAGUUAUCAAUUUUAAAACCAUAACACACUAUAUGAUGUUGAAAGAUAUUUUUGUUUGUGCAUAAACAUGUCAAGAAUGGUUAGCCAUUACGCAACACGAGCAGUCCUCCAUCUUAAGAGAUACCAACUUCAAGUCCAAAAACUAAUUGUCAAUUAUCUAUGUGUUUAGUCAGCUUUGAAAUAAUUGCGAAAGGAAAUAUUCUUAAAAUACUUAUAGACCAAUGACAAGCAUGUAUUAUAUUGCAAAUGUCUAUUUCAGCUAUCUGUCAUUUUUAAUUAUUGCCAUAAUGGAGGUGCAUAUGUAACAAAAGCGACAUAAAUAGAUUAGACUCCUUUUUAUAUCAAAAUUUAUGGACAUCAUGAAUUAUAUAUCAGUAUUGGCUUUUCUUGUUGUUCGGUAGUCAAACUAACACCCAAGUUACUAGAGUUGAUACAAAAUAUCAUCACAUAUAGAUAUAUGGUCGAAAACUACUUAUAGAGUUUGGUAGGUGGUAUUUUCAAGAUUUAAAACUCAUGUUUUUGUUGAAUAAUACCAGAAAAAAAAAGAAUCAUAUCAUAUACCUCCAAACUUGAAAGUCUAUAUCUAUUUUCUCUCAACUCAAAAGAGAAAUCAGAAAAUUAAGAAGAAAAAUGGGUGUCCUUGAUCACGUCUCUGAAUACUUUGAUUGCUCUAAUGGCGACUCCAAGAGACACAGAAGUCUACAGACGGUGGACGUGAGGGUUUUGAUAGAUUGUGAAGGAUGCGAGAGGAAAGUGAGAAGAGCAUUAGAAGGAAUGAAAGGAGUGAGAGAUGUAACGAUCGAGCCUAAUGCUCAGAAAGUGACAGUGGUUGGUUACGUUGAGCCUAACAAAGUGGUAGCUCGGAUCAUUCACAGGACCGGCAAAAGAGCCGAGCUAUACCCUUACGUUCCUUACGACGUUGUCGCUCAUCCUUAUGCCUCUGGUGUCUACGACAAUAGAGCUCCUGUUGGGUACGUUAGGAACACCGAGUAUGAUCCACAUGUGUCGCGGCUCGCACGUGCUAGCUCCACUGAAGUUCGUUAUACGACGGCGUUUAGCGAUGAGAACGCCUCAGGUUGCGUGGUUAUGUGAUUUUGUUUUGUUUGUGUUGAUGUGUUUCCGAAAAUUGUAUUUUGUUUGUUUGUUUAUUCAUGUUGGUAUGUAAUAUCUUAAGAGUCAAGGCCGAGAAAAUAAUGUAAAUUACAUUUUGUUUUGAACUAAUUUUUGUGAUGUAAAUUACAUGUUGUUAAAAUGGUUAUGCAUGUUUCGUUUUAUCU